CGCGUCCUGUUUCUCCCGGAAACGGAAGUCGUCUCUCGGGCAGAGACAGCAGCCUCGGCUCGGUCGGUGACAGCAGCAACCGUUACCGCUGACAGCUAACGUUAGCUCGGGUUUGGCCGCUGCGGGUUGGCUCGCUUCGUUUCUUUCUUCGUUUGGAAAAUAAACACUAUGGCGGCCGCGGAUCACCGGUUCUCGAGUGACGGCGGGCCGGCCAGCAGAGGAGGGUUCCCGGCCGGGGAGAGCAGCAACGACCGCGACGGUUCGGGUGGCGGCAGCGGGGAGAGCGAACGGGAGCGGGAUCGAGCCACCUUCGAGUGCAACAUUUGCUUGGACACUGCCAGGGACGCCGUCAUCAGUCUGUGCGGACACCUGUUCUGCUGGCCCUGUCUUCAUCAGUGGUUGGAGACGCGGCCCAGCCGACAGCAGUGUCCCGUGUGCAAGGCAGGCAUCAGCAGAGAGAAAGUAAUCCCGCUGUACGGCAGAGGGAGCUCCAGCCAGGAGGACCCCAGGUUGAAAACUCCACCCCGGCCUCAGGGGCAGAGAACAGAGCCUGAGAGCAGAGGCGGGAUGUUCCGCGGUUUCGGGGACACCGGCUUCCACAUGUCUUUCGGCAUCGGAGCGUUCCCCUUCGGCUUCUUCACGACAGUCUUCAACGCCAACGACCCCUUCCACAGAGCAGAUCAGUACGUCGGUGACCACCAGGGCAACGGCAACGGCAACAACGGCAAUAACAACUGGCAAGACUCUCUAUUCCUGUUCGUCGCCAUCUUCUUCUUCUUCUGGCUGCUAAGCGUGUGACGCAGACCUGGUGGCGGACACACAAGUGAUUAUUGAUGUCUGAGAGGGAGGGGCGCAUUAAACAAAAAAACAAAACGGCAAACACAACUCGCACACUUAACCCGAGCCACAGACACACACUCGCGUUCCAUUUUCUAACCGGAGGGGGUAGAGGGAGGUUUGUGUUUGAGACCAUGAAUACAGAAGUUUGAUUUUUCUCUUCCUCACUAUAUCAGAUCACUUCAGGACACUCGGCCCCACCCCUCUCCUCCACCUGCUCUUUAUUUAUGCAAGAAGUUCACUGGAAAGUAGUGCAGCGCCUGUCCCCCAAGGCGAGUAAGCCCUCCCAGUGUGCACACAGCUGUAGAUGGAUGCACAGAGAGCAUAAAGAGGCAGUAUUACAUGAUCAGGGUGAGCUACGUCGCGAGAUCUUAUUCGUCUUUUGGUGUCCAGUGUUGCAGAAGAAGAAAGCUGGGUGGAGCAGUCUUUAGGAAAGUGGGUUUUCCUGAAGCACAGAGAGGAAGGGUGUGAGAGGGGUUAGAAUACAGGGAGGAGACGUUCUCGUAGAAUUGGCGACAGACAGAAGCAGCCCUGUGGGAUGCUUUUGUGUUUUGUUGGUUUUUUUCUUCUUCUUCUAAACAUUUGUCUUAACAAAAACUGCCUUCGCACUGUGAAGCUGUCUGUAGUCGGAGCUGCCCUACACCUCGGGGCGCGUGCCGUUGUCGGACCACUUGUUCCUUGUAGUUCCCUGCGUGUUUGGGGGAAAAUGGGCCGGUUAGGUUGUUUUUCAUGCCCACAUCAGCUACUUUAAAGAGUGUGAGGUGCACGGUUAACAAAAGGGGGCAGAAUAAAUCAAUAUGCAGGAUUGAAAAGCAGCAGUUUGGUCUCCUCACACAUGAUUUAAAAAAAAAAAAAAAAAAAAACAGAUCUAAAUUACGUCCUUUGAUUUCUCCUGACUGUAUGUGGCUGAGUGCGUGUGUAUACAUUCUGUAUUUGUACAUAUGGAUAUUGUAAAUGCUGUUUUUAUGUAUUUCUGACUGGAGGACCAGCCGUGGAGAGCAAAAGAGAACAAGAUGUGGGUCUUGAGAUGCUUCUUGCUUUUCGGAGCUCGUUUGAUUUAAAAAGUUAAUAAUCCCCCUCCUGAGAAAGCAGAAUUUUGUUGCCCCGCUAAUGUGAUGAUUUGACGAGGCUUGUAGUUCUUUUGACUGUACAGCAGAGUAACUGACACAAAUUCAUUUUAAUGUGUUUAAAAAUGUGAAGUGCAAAGUGUUAAGUGACCCCUGAGGUUUUUUUUUUGUGGUUUUUUUUGUUUUGUUUUGGUUUUUUUUUGUGUUUUUUCUUCUUGAAUAUUCUAGUCAAACAUGGGCCAAAAUAAACGAAUCGGAGUCAUAGCGCUUUAUGCUUCAUGUUUUCCCACAUCAGAAUCUCCCACAGUUAUGCAGAAAUCAACUGCACUCAAGUGUGAGUUACUAGGAGUAUGAUGAGCACUUGUUCCUCUUAUAUUUUUUCCCCUCUUUAGAAACACUUCACACUGAAAGGCUUCUUGUAACUUUAUAGCACGCGGUGAGCUCUGCCUGGGAAUCCAGAAUGACUCAAGCCGAGCUCCGCUGAUUUGCAUCCAGGUCUUUAGCACUUCAACAAUCAUAUCGGGGUCAGAAAUGAAUGCGGGUCCUCUAUAGUUGCCCAGGGCUCAUCCUCUCUCAAUACUUGAUGUUGUGAGGCUUAUGUGACACUAAAACGAGUGAUGGAAGUCUUUGGAGAAACAUGGAGACGUAGUGCAAAACCAAAAAUGAACUAAGAUUAAAACAUGGUCUCGUU